AUAACUAACUGUUUUCAAACAGCAUUUAAGAUAACAAAUUAAGGUAAACCUAGGAUAUUUUAAAACUACUAGUGCAUUUUAACUGAACAACUGCAAGAAAUCAACUGCAAGAAUGAAGACAGUCAUUGCCGUUUUCUAUCUACUGAGUGUAGUCUACACUGUCCCAAUUUUUCAAAAUGGUGAAACGAAAGAUAGCCCAGAAAACAACAUUGAAACCAACAGUACAUCAGAAAUGAGUAUUACCUCGGAAAACAUGACAUCUGAAGAAAAUACAUCAGAAGACACGACUUCAGAAGAAAGCAGUUCAUCAGAAUCAUCAGAAGACAAGGCUUCUGGAGAAAACACUUCAUCAGAAGACCAGACUUCUGAAAAAAGCAGUUCAUCAGAAGACAAGACCACUGAUGAAAGUGACAGCAGCUCAGAAGACACGAGAUCUGACGAAAAUGACAGUAUUGAUACUUCAGAAGACAAGACAUCUGAAGAAGACGAUGAUACCUCAGAAAUGGAGAGUGAUUCAGAUGAAAAGGGGAAUACCAGAGAUGACAGCAGGGACAGUGAAGAUGCUUAUAAAAGGAACAGGAUUAAAAUAUUUGAAGUCAACCACAAAAGUGAAGAAGAUGAUAACAGCAGUGAUAGUGAAACUGAUAAAGAUACCGGUGAUAACAGCAAUGAGAAGGAGCAGGAGCCAGAGAGUAGUGACAGUGAAGAUGAUUAUGAAGAUAGUGAGAACAAAGACAGCCAAGAAGGUGGCAAUGGCAGCAACAUGGACACGAGACAUUCUAGAAGGGUGCGGUGCAAUGCUGGAAUAGGGGAUGAUGACUGUGAAGAUUCUAGUGAUGAAUAUGAUUUUCAAGACAUAGGUGACGAUAGCUAUCUGUUUAGUGAGGAACUCCUCAUGCAAGGAGAUGAGCCAAAAGAAUUACAGUCAUGGUGAUCUUAAUAAAAAAUAAAUAAACCACUGUAUAUCUAUAUAAUCACCUCAAUUUAUAGUAUGCAGAGCAGUGUUAAAUUUUAAAUCAUUAAGGUUAUGUUUCCAGAUGUAAACUACCUUCAGCACAUAUGACAUUGAUCUCAAAACCGGUAAUGGAAUUGACAGAGUAUCUGUUAACCUAUACAAAUAUAUCAUCAGACAAAGCAAUAGAAAGAAACAACCAAUAAACAUCCCAUUGAAACACGGUACUGGAAAAUAGUGACUUUUCUGAACUGUUUUUGCUAAACCCAUAUAUAGGAUGGCAAAACAUGUGCUGAAAAAAAAGUAAUAGCAUAGCCAUAAACCAGAAUAUGUAUUGUUUAUCAUGUGAGACCACUGUAUUAAUACUGUAAAACUAUAACUGUUAAGCAAAACUAACAUUGGAUUAAUACUUGUGUGUAAGACAAACCUGAAGUAUAUUUACAAAAUUUUCUGCACAAUCCUUAAGGCAGUUUUGCAUUAAUGUUUUUUUAAUUUAUUUAUUUAUUUAUAUAUUUU